AUGGAUGGUCUGGAGGCUCAGCCCAAGAACCUAGAGUCGUUGGUUAACAUCCCGUUUCCUAGCACGCUACGAGCUAUGCAAUCCUUUCUAGGGAGCUUGAACUACUACCGUCGCUUCAUUGAGGAUUUCGCGGUGUAUGCCGCGGUGUUGUAUGAGUUAAGAGAAUCGGAUUUCUUCGAGAUCGGCCGAUCUCAGCUUGCAGCAGGAGACGAAUGCUCCAACGAGGGUCGAUGGACGGAAGCCAAGGUUGCUUUCACUAUGCUAAAAGCUAAGAUAGCUACAGCUCCCAUGCUCAAGCAUUUCGACCCAGAUCGGUCCCCCGUAAUCGUGGUCUACGCUAGCAAGUGGGCUGUCUCAGCGGCCCUGAUACAGGAGUACGAUGACGUGUAUUAUCCGGUGACGUUUACUAGCCGCACUUUAAAGCCUAAUGAGCUUAACUACGGAAUGGUAGAAAAAGAAAUGCUGGCGCUACUUCGUGUGUUGGAUGUAUGCUAUACUACGCUUGCCUCGCGGGAGAUCACUGUACUGACCCGACAUUCUACGUUAGCCUGGUUGAUGCAGUCUCGAGGGCUCAACGGGAGAUUAGGACGGUGGGCUGCUUUGUUGUCAAAUUGGACUAUGGAGGUGAAGAAAUGUGAAAGAGGAGAGGAAGAGAUCCUGGGCAUGUUAGCAGCGAGUAUCACUCCGAGAGGAGAGGUGGAAGAGAUGCUGAUUGCGAUCUCCCCACGAAAAGACUGUCGACUCAAAAUAUCGAUGCCUCCUCCAACGGUGGAAACAGAUGAGGAGUUGCUGGCGGCCAGUUUCGAUGGAUCGGCUAGGAUAAAAAAGAAAGGAGGGUCGUUCAGUGCCGUGAUAUGGAAGUUACCCGAGUGGACGAUCGUGGCGGCCGAAUCGAGAUAUGUUCACGAUCUGACUGUGAAUGAAGCUGAUUAUAAUGGCUUGCUACUGUGCUUUGAGUUACUCGCCGGUCUGGAUAGGGGGCGAGUAAUACUGUGUGGAGAUUCCAGUCUGGUGAUUCGACAGAUGCGCGGUGAGAUCGACUGCAAGGCACCGGGCCUUCAGCUUCUGAGACACAAAGCGUUGGAGAAGCUGCAGUCAUGGCCUAGUCACGAGUUUCUGCAUAUGAAGCGAGAGUGGAAUCAGAGCGCAGAUCGACUAGCCAGCACAGCAUUGCAGAGCGAAAAAGGAAGAACGGUUGUAGCUGAAGAGGAUCGGCAAGAUCUGAUGACUCUGAACCGUCUCGAUGAAUUGUUGAAGCCCAAGCAAGAUGGUCAGCUAGCUCGGGUAACUACGAUCGCGAGAUCAGCCAGGAGGAUACGUCAUGAACCUGAAGUGAUACAGGAGGAGAUAGUUCAGAGGAUCAGGAUUCAACGAAUUGUCCAAGCUCAAGAUGAAGAGCGUUGGGUUGUCAAUCUCAAGACAUAUCUAAGUGGCGAUGUAUCAAACUUGGAUGCGGUAGAAGUGAAGAUGUGCGCCAAACUGGCGCCGGAUUACGAGAUCAAUGAGAACAAUCUGCUAUUUUUUUGCCCCAUGGCAAAAAGAGAGUCGGAAGAUCGCGAUGGUUUGAUGCGGUUGGUGAUCCCUGAGACGUUGCAGCAGGAUUUUUUGCAUCACUAUCACACGAGUCUGGAAGGAGGCCAUCAGGGUAUUGGCCGAACCUAUUAG